AUGCCUCGCCCGGGCAGGAACACGUACAGCGACCAGAAGCCGCCCUACUCCUACAUCUCGCUGACGGCCAUGGCCAUCCAGAGCUCGCCGGAGAAGAUGCUGCCCCUGAGCGAGAUCUACAAGUUCAUCAUGGACCGCUUCCCCUACUACCGGGAGAACACGCAGCGCUGGCAGAACUCCCUGCGCCACAACCUCUCCUUCAACGACUGCUUCAUCAAGAUCCCGCGCCGGCCCGACCAGCCGGGCAAGGGCAGCUUCUGGGCGCUGCACCCGAGCUGCGGGGACAUGUUCGAGAACGGCAGCUUCUUGCGGCGCCGCAAGCGCUUCAAGGUGCUCAAGUCCGACCACCUGGCCCCCAGCAAGCCCGCGGACGCCGCCCAGUACCUGCAGCAGCAGGCCAAGCUGCGGCUCAGCGCCCUGGCGGCCGGCGGCACCCACCUGCCGCAGAUGUCCGGCUACAGCCUGGGGGUCUCCCAGCCCUCCGGCUUCAAGCACCCCUUCGCCAUCGAGAACAUCAUCGCCCGCGAGUACAAGAUGCCGGGCGGGCUGGCCUUCUCCGCCAUGCAGCCCAUGCCGGCCGCCUACCCGCUCCCCAACCAGUUGACUACGGUGGGCAGCUCCAUUGGCACCGGCUGGCCCCACAUGUACAGCCCCAGCAUGAUAGACACGGCCACCCCCAUCUCCAUGGCCAGCAGCGAUUACAGUGCCUACGGGGUGCCCCUCAAGCCCCUGUGCCACGGGGGCCAGACUUUGCCAGCCAUCCCGGUGCCCAUCAAACCCACCCCGGCGGCGGUGCCGGCCCUGCCGGCCCUGCCAGCGCCCAUCCCCACCAUCCUCUCGAACUCGCCCCCCUCGCUCAGCCCGACCUCGUCCCAGACAGCCACCAGCCAAAGCAGCCCCGCGACGCCCAGCGAGACCCUGACCAGCCCCGCCUCGGCCCUGCACUCGGUAGCCGUGCACUGA